AUGGCCUUCCGCGCAUCCCUCCGGCUAGCCACCACCGCCCGGCCAGCUGCCGCCCGAUUAUUCUCUCAGGCCACCUCGGUGCCGACAUCGAGUGCCUCGUCCGUCACAGCAGCUCAGAUCCGCCGCGAUGCUGCGCUCCCCAACCCUGAUCCCGCAGAGGACUCGGCCAGCGCCGCUCUUGUCCGCGAGCAUGCCCCCUUCAUGGUCGCCACGUAUGCUCGCCCGCCGCCUGUGUUUGUCAAGGGCCAGGGCUCGUACCUGUACGAUAUCGAGAACCGCAAGUACCUCGACUUCACUGCGGGUAUUGCCGUCAACUCGCUCGGGCACUGCGACCCUGAGAUCUCGGACUUGAUCGCGCAGCAGUCCAAAACCCUCAUGCACGCCUCCAACCUAUACUACAACCCCUGGACCGGCGCGCUCUCCAAGCUACUAAUCGAACAAACCAUCGCCUCAGGCGGCAUGCACGACACCGCCGCAGUCUUCAUCUGCAACUCCGGCAGCGAAGCCAACGAAGCAGGCAUCAAAUUCGCCCGCAAAGCCGCCAAAGUCCUCGACCCCUCCGGCAGCAAAACCGAAAUCGUCUCCUUCCGCAACGCCUUCCACGGCCGCACCAUGGGCGCCCUCUCGGCCACCCCCAACCCCAAAUACCAAGCCCCCUUCGCCCCCAUGGUCCCCGGCUGCCGCGUCGGCGACCUCAACGACAUCGCCGCCCUCCCUGCGCUCGUCACCGAAUCCACCUGUUCCGUCAUCGUUGAGCCCAUCCAGGGAGAGGGCGGCGUGCAGGUCGCAUCGGAUGAGUUUCUGCUAGCUCUCGCCGCCCGCUGCCGCGAGGUCGGCGCUGUUUUGCAUUAUGAUGAGAUCCAGUGUGGUUUGUCGCGCACGGGCCAGCUCUGGGCUCACUCCCAUUUACCCCCCGAUGCCCACCCGGAUAUCCUCACCACGGCCAAGGCCCUCGGUAAUGGUUUCCCCAUCGGCGCGACGCUGGUCAACGGCCGCGUGGCGGAGAAGAUCAAAGUUGGCGACCACGGGACGACCUUUGGCGGGAACCCGCUUGCUUGCCGGUUGGCGGUGCGGAUCGUCGAGCGGCUGGCUGAUCCGGCCCUGCAGCGCGGGGUGGCGGAGAAGAGCCAGGUAUUUCGCGAUGGGUUUGAGAAGCUGGCUGGCCGGUUCCAGGGGUUGGUGCAGGAGGUUCGGGGGAAGGGGUUGAUUCUGGGUUUGCAGUUGAGUGAAGACCCGGCGCCGAUUGUGAAGGCGGCGCGGGAGAGGGGGUUGUUGGUUAUUACGGCGGGGACGAAUACGUUGCGGUUUGUGCCGAGUUUGGUGAUGAGUGAGGAGGAGAUAAAGGAGGGGUUGGGGGUGUUGGAGGAGGCUAUUCUGGCUACGAGGGCGUAG